CUUACACAUUUAACACCCAAUACUAUACGCAGCUUGAAGGCGCGAAGCCGGUAACUAGGUCAGCUAAAGAAGAAGGCGACGAUGAUGGUUGAAGGUGGAGUCCGCAAACGGAAGACGAAGCAAUCGAACUUAUCUCCACGCCUAGUCCGUGUUAAGGAUGGCGAUGCAAUUGAUGCCUCCUCCGUCUCCCCACUGCUACUUGCAACGCUCGCCGACGAUCCCAAUUCCAGUUCCCGCCGGCCAUUGAUUCGCCGUUGCUUGAUGCACCUGCGGUCAUCUCUUUUCUCGCAAUCCCCACCACAAAAGCUUUCCGUUACCCUCCUCCUCUCUUUCCUUCCCACUCUCCUUAUUUCCAAGCACGAAGACAUCGCUCGUCUCGCCUCGGAGACCCUGGGUGCGGCGUCACUGUGCUCACUUGAAACGAAUGAAGAUAUUGUCAUGGAUGCUGUAGUUGUGAGGGCUCUAAUCCAUGCUUUGCGAAGUUCCAGGAUGAAAGUUUCGAUGGCUGCAUGUAAUGCUAUCUUGGAUUUGUCGACUUCUUCUGCCGGAAGGCAGCGGCUGCUUGAGUUAUCUGCGUUACAGUUCCUUAUCUCCAAAUGCUUGCAGAUACAUAUUUCACCGUCGGUGGUAUCUCUGUUGUGCAAGGGAAACACGAGGAGAAAGAGUAGCUUGGCAUCGAGAGAAGAUCAAUAUGCAGUCUCACUUCUACAUGCCGUUAUAACUUUAGUUAAUGCAUGUAAUGUUGAGCAAUUGGAAAGGUUCUGUGGGAAGGAUAUGCAAGAAUUUUGGGUUUCUUUCACAAAGCUAUGGGCAGAAGUACACAAUCAGGUGUUGCAUGACACCGGCCUAAAAUCUGGCAGACAAGUCUCAUGUGUGAAUAAUACCGGGGUUAACGGCCUGGCUCAUAGCAUCUUUAAGCUCUCUCUUACUUCUAGCCAACUUGCUCCCUUGCCAACUGCAUUUGUCAAAAGGAGCAUAUUUGGUCCGGGGGAAUCUUGUUUUGAAGCUUUCUUAUCAAGUCAGUGGGAGACGUCGCCCCUGAUGGUUAGAAGACAUUCAGGCUCUUCGACUGAGAACGAUGGAAUACUGGGCUUGUUCUCUGAAUGUUUAGGUCCUAUGGAAUCAUUUCCCACCUCCCUUUGUUCAAUGCUUCACGGUUUUGUUUCUUGUCUGCCUAUUGAUUCUGAUGAGUUGGACAUAUUUAGUUUUCUGGAGGAUGUGAAGAACGAACUAGGCUGUCCAAUAGUUUACCAGCAAGACUUGCGGGUGCUAAGAACUGAAAGCCAGUCCAAAGCAGAGGUCCAUUUUUUCAACGAGAGCACGAGCACAUGCUACACAAAGCCCCUACAUUUUCUCAGCAGCUCUGACAUGGAAAAUUGUGAAGAAGCUUACAGACGUGGUUAUACUAUUGCCCUACGUGGCAUGGAGUUCCGCUUUACAUGCAUUGCAGCUAUAACAGAUGCUCUAGCAUCUUUGUUUGGUCAACCGUCUGUAGGGGCCAAUCUAUACUUAACCCCACCCAACUCUCAAGGCCUGGCUUGUCACUUUGAUGACCACUGUGUAUUUGUAUGCCAACUGUUUGGUGGUAAGCAAUGGACCAUCUAUCCUCCAAGUUUGCAACUACCCCGGUUGUAUGAUCAACUUGAUGGACGACUUGGUACCAGUGCUGAGUGCUUGUUAGAUAGACACAGAAAAUUCUUGCUUAGUGAAGGCGACAUUAUGUACAUUCCAAGAGGCUAUCCGCAUGAGGCUUGCACAUUUGAGGCUGGAGCUGCUGCUUCUUCCAAUUUCUCGUUACAUCUCACAAUUGGUAUCGAGGUGGAGCCUCCUUUCGAGUGGGAAGGAUUUCUGCAUGUUGCACUCCAUAUUUGGUAUCUGAGAUGGCAGAAGCAGAAUCGCACUCUCGCUGAACCAUUGUUUCUUAGUCUAGGUGAAAUGUCUGUGACUUUAUUGCAUGCAGUGAUUGAGGUGCUUGGUGCUUCUGAUCCAACUUUUCGUAAGGCUUGUUUUGCUGGUGCUCUUGCUCCGCCGCUUGAUAACAAUAAUUGGCUCUAUUCAAACCAGAAAACUGCAUACAGUUCUUUGGUCACCAAAAUCAGUACAGGUCUUGCUAUAGUGGAACUGCUGAAGAAGGUGGAACAAAGAGAAAAUUUGUGUGAAAGGUUGAGAUGGCUCUGUCAUCUUGACUCUGGGGAAGAAACGAGCAAAGACCUUCGCCACAGGAUAAAUUUCACAGGAAUUCAGGAUAUAUUGGCUCUAUAUUCUGAACAUAAAGACAGAGCAGAAGCUUCAUUCUUGUUUGUUAAAUCCAGGUUCUGCGGUGAAGCCUUGUUUGAUGAUGCAAUUGGUAGCUACAAAAUGUUACUUGAAAAGUACAAGAAGGUGAGAAAUGAAUACAAGAAUGGAAUACUUUCUUUGCACCAGAAGAAAAACUUGUCCUAGGGAAUGUGUUCAGCACUUUGCCACCAUGGCCAAAUGGAUAAAAGGUCAGAGCACUAUGGAUUUCGUUCCAUUAGCCACUGGAGCAGCUUGUUGAAUGGCUCAACAUUAUGGAUCUCUCAACUGAUGACAAUGCAGCAUUCACUUUCUAUGCAGAGCAAUGAACGAUUUUACAUUAGAGUGACAACAAAUGAUCCAGAAAGGAUGGAGAACUCUCAUAAAGCAAACUAUACUAGAAGAAUUGGGGAAAAAAGAUAAUUAUUCUAUGAUUUUCUUGGGGGAUUCUGAGAGGUAACUCUAAGCUUGCGACUUGCAUAUUGAAGUUUUCUGGGACCAUCUGGCAACCUGAGAUUGCAUUCUAUGGUCUAUCCCUCGGAGUCGGAUGAGUUGUCACACCAUUGUAAUCUAUGUGGUAAAUAAGCUCAUCGACAUGGUCACUGCUGUUGAGAUUCUUAACUUGUUCCUCCUGUGCCUUGAUAUUCUUUUGUUUGUCUUCCUCUAGAUCCUGCAAUUGCAGAAAUAUACAUAGGCAAUGUCAGCUACAAUGACAGCAUUCCGGGUUUGUUGAGACACAUUUAUAACUAGCUGUAGCAUGAAUAUGCAGAGGCCUUCCUUGUGAAGUAGGUUCUUACGAGGGGUACACUUGCUACAGUUCACACUUAAACUUUCAAAUGCAGGUUAUGCAGAGAAAUGAUAUGUUGGAAGAGAAGAAGAGCACUUAAGACUGUAAGGACAUACCUUGUUGCUGUCGUAUGCACUAAGUUUUGUGGGAGAUGUGGGCAUGUUCCAAUCUCUCAUAGAUCUCAUGCUUGGAUGGGGAAGCACAGUAGACGGCGAGCCGAAACUACGGGAAUAGAAACAGAAAGCAGUUGCCAGGAGACAGAGAAAUGGAAGAAACAAAGCUUUCAUUUUGUUAGAUGGUCCUUUCUCUAUCUCCCCUUUUCUGGUAGUUUUGGUUCAAUUCUGGGGGAAGAAAGAAGUAGCUGUGAGAUGGGAAAUAUAGCUAAAGAAAUUGUUGUGGAGGGAGAAAGAGAGUCUGAGUGAAUUAUUGCCAGACCAGAGCCCAUGCCGAUGAUGCCGUUGUGAGACCAAAAGAUGAACACUGGACCACCAUUAACAUCCUGAUUUCCCAUUCUGCGUGUCUCCAGCCAAAGGAUGUGUUUGCUGCCCUGCCACUGCCAGGCAAGACUUCUUCCAUGAGUGAUUGAUGUUUUUGUCUAUUCCAAUGAAAGCGGCCAGACACAGCUUGUGUGAUCUUGUUCCUAUGCUGUCUCCUUGUCUCUGUUUAGCUCACUCACACCAAUCUUCUUCAUGUGCUGGUGCAUUCUUAUGGAAUGAAACAUUGAGGCAUUAUAUUUGACAGAUAUUAUGAUAAUUCAUUAAGGGUGUGGGAUAUUAGUUGCA